AACAAAAAAAGAAAUCUGUUAAAAGCCGAACAUAGCUGUCUCCGUCUUCAUCGCGCCUGCUUCGUGAAUUUUACAGUCUCAUUCCAGUCCGAGAAUUUCAGCACCUUCAUCGCAGAUUUGUAGUGCAGCUUGUGGAUCGCACGGAAAAUCAUAGCGUAGGGGAUCAUUGAGAAGAUGGCUGUAGUUGCUUCUGCUCCGGGGAAGGUUUUGAUGACUGGAGGAUAUCUUAUCCUUGAGAGGCCAAAUCCAGGGAUUGUCCUGAGCACAAAUGCUCGAUUUUAUGCCAUUGUGAAGCCACUUUAUGAGGAAGCCAAACCUGAUAGUUGGGCAUGGGCAUGGACAGAUGUGAAAUUAACUUCUCCUCAGAUGUCAAGAGAAACCGUUUACAAAUUGUCCCUUAAAAACUUGACACUUCAGUCUGUCUCUUCAAGUGAUUCAAGAAAUCCUUUCGUGGAAUAUGCAGUGGAGUAUGCUGUAGCAGCAGCACAUGCAACCUUUGACAAUGAUAAGAAGGAUGCAUUACAUAAGCUACUUUUGCAAGGUCUUGAUAUUACAAUCUUGGGUUGCAAUGAAUUCUAUUCAUAUCGGAACCAGAUUGAAGCACGUGGACUUCCUCUUACACCUGAAUCUUUGGCUUCCCUUCCACCUUUCAGUUCAAUCACCUUUAAUGCAGAAGAAUCAGGUGGGGAAAAUCGCAAACCUGAAGUUGCAAAGACUGGAUUGGGAUCAUCGGCAGCUAUGACAACUGCAGUUGUUGCUGCUUUGCUUCAUUACCUUGGUGUUGUUAAGCUUUCCUCAACUGAUAAUCAUAUUCAAGAAGAGAAAGAUACUGCUGUUCUUGAUGUUGUUCACAUUAUUGCUCAAACGGCCCACUGUAUAGCACAGGGUAAAGUUGGUAGUGGAUUUGAUGUGAGUUCUGCAGUAUAUGGAAGCCAACGCUAUGUACGGUUUUCACCUGAAGUGCUUUCUCCUGCUCAGAAUGCAGGUAUGGCAACACCAUUGACAGAAGUCAUCAGCGAGGUCCUAAAAGCAAAGUGGGAUCAUGAGAGGACCAAAUUCUCGUUGCCUCCCUUGAUGACUCUUUUACUAGGAGAGCCAGGAACUGGAGGAUCUUCCACACCCUCAAUGGUAGGAGCUGUAAAGAAAUGGCAAAAGGCAGACCCUCAAAAUUCUCUACAAACAUGGAGGAAUUUAUUAGAAGGAAACUCUUCACUCGAAAUGCACCUGUACGCCUUAUGUAAGUUAGCAGAAAGUAAUUAUACUGCUUACGAGUGUGUUAUCAACAGCUGCUCCGCACUUCCAUCUGGAAAGUGGAUGGAGGCAGCAAAUGAGCCGCAUCAAAGAGAAGUCAUUAAGGAAUUAUUAGGAGCUCGGGAUGCCAUACUUGGGAUCAGAUAUCACAUGCGGAAAAUGGGUGAGGCUGCUGGAAUCCCGAUAGAACCAGAAUCACAAACUCGGCUUCUGGAUGCUACGAUGAAUAUGGAGGGAGUUGUAUUGGCUGGUGUUCCAGGUGCAGGUGGGUUUGAUGCAGUCUUUGCUGUUACCUUAGGGUCUUCAAGCAACAAUGUCGUAAAAGCAUGGAGUUCACAUAACGUACUAGCCCUACUUGUAAGAGAAGAUCCCCGCGGUGUUGCCCUGGAGAACAAUGAUCCUAGAACCAGUGCAGUCACAUCGGGUGUUUCUUCCAUCAAGAUUGAAUAGUGAAGCCAAAACUAAACUAAACAGCAGGUUCCUCAUUCCAUCAAAUUAGCAAUUUUUAACACGGUUAUAGAAUAAUUAUUUGUCUUGAAUUCCAGAUUAUUUGCUGUUUGGUCACAUGUACUGUACACAAAGUAAGUUUACAGGGAGCAUUUAAAGGUGUGAUGUAGGGUGAAGAGAAGUAAACAAGAGCUUUUUGUAACACUCUCA